AUGGCGCCUCCGAAGAUGUCUGAAGAAUGGAACACAUUCGCCGCAACGAAGCCAAAAUACGUCAAUCACAAUGAGGGCUUGGCAUCUAUUCGAGAAACCAUUAACCAACAGAGCUUGGAUAACAUGGCUCUAUUGAAGGAACCGGCAAUGGCCGUCCUUGCCAGCGUCAACGCCAAGGACGCUGUAAUCACUCUUCCACACGCGCCAAACCAUAAGUUUGUGAUCCGAGUAUAUUCACCUGGACAAAACAAGUCAGCGGCACUUCCUAUCAUGCUUUAUUUCCACAAUGGAUAUUGGGCUACCGGUAACGUGAAUGGUGACGAUUUGGGUUGUCGGGCCAUGAUUGGACACGGAAACGAUCUCAUAAUCAUUUCGUUCGAAUAUCGACUUGCCCCAGAGAACUCAUGGGACACCAUUCUGUCGGAUGCGGAAAGCGCGCUUGUAUGGGUUAACCAAAACGCGUCUUCUUACGGAGGUGACAUCCAUAAGGGGCUGUAUAUCGGCGGUGCCACUGCAGGUGCUCACUUGGCUGCUGCAACGGCUGUCCGCGCGCGAGACCGACAUCCCUCCAUAGGACUUUCCGGUCAGUGCUUAAUCGUCCCGACGGUUCUUGUAUACUCUGGCCCUCAGUCAGUACCACCUGGGUGGGCCGAAAAGGUAGUAUCCCACCAAGAAAACGCUGAGGCACCAGUCUUUGGUGAAAAAGAAUGGCAAAAAUACCUGUCUCUAUUGAAUGUUCCCGAAAGCGAAAAGAAAAAAGGGGAAAACUUUCCUGUCUGGGCAGAUUUGAAGGGGCUUCCCAGGACAUAUCUCGCUAUGGAUGGCCCAGACCCAAUUAGAGACGAAGGCUAUCUAUAUGAGGCAAUGCUUCGCAAGGCUGGCGUGCAGACUAGAACAGACCACUAUGAACUACCCAACUGGUUUGUCCAAUUUCCACAGCUACCAACAACCGCCCGAGCAGGAAUGGAACUCGCAACAGGCGUACGGUGGUUACUAGAGGCUGGCAAAUAUACCUUGUAA